UUCAGUCCUAAACAUCUUCGUUCUGUGCAAAGACAGCUUUCUCCCAUUUGAUCUCUGGAUCAGACUCCCAGAAGUGGACGGACUCCUGGCCGUCUGCCAGGGUCACAGGCACCCUCAGUUCUCUGGGCGGGGAUGAAGCCAGAGGUUUGACGGUUCAUGGAGGUGACGUCUCUUCCCCGGCCCUUUAUAAAGAGGAGCCUGAGUGCCUGCGGCAGGAGCCCCUCAGGCUGCAGGGCCGACGAGAGCAGCUGCAAGGUCGCUGGGGUCGCCCUGGGGAAGAUGCUGGCCCGCCUGCUGCCCGGGCUGGCGCUCUGCCUCCUGCUGGCGCCUCUGGCAGGGACCAAGCCGGUGCAGGAGGAGGGAGACCCCUACGCCGAGCUGCCGGCCAUGCCCUACUGGCCUUUCUCCACAUCUGACUUCUGGAACUACGUGCAGCACUUCCAGGCCCUGGGGGCCUACCCCCAGCUGGAGGACAUGGCCCGCACCUUCUUCGCCCACUUCCCCCUGGGGACCACCCUGGGCUUCCAUGUCCCCUACAGAGAGGAGUGAGCAUCUGGGCCAGGGGCCCCCGGCCCCACGGGAGCUGGGCAGCCUCGUCCUCAAUAAACUCCUGACUUGAGUGCACCA